CGCCCUUCAGCAGAGUGGUAGGGGAACAGUAACUGACAUAGCAGCUUGAACAGUCAUGUAAUACUUAGUUGUUUUUUUUUUUGCAGUUUAUGACUGAAAACAGUUUUGUUCCAGCCAAACCAAUGUUGUCGGUGACGGUGAAAAUCUAACGAGCCUGUACUGCAUGUAGCUAAUGUACGCUAACGUUGGCUGCCCAUAUCUGUCAUUAAUUUAGUUGGAAUAAGUCAAUAAUUUAAUCCAGGGUGAGUUUUCAGUAGUUGGUUUCCAUGUUAUUCCCAUGUCCUCCUUUGAUUCCGUCCAAAUGGCCCGCUGAGGGUGGAAAUAAGCUGUGUGAACCCCCAAAAUAGCCAAAUAUCAGAGAAAUUAAGUGAUGCUUGGUGGCUAACAAGGAUGCCGAAAUGAAGGAUGUGUCCUUACAAUUCAGAAAAAGUCUUGGAUACUGCUUCAUUUGAAAUAUACCUUUGCUCCUGAGCAAGAGAAACUGUAAUUGUCACAUUUUUUGAAUGGGGUUCAGUGUAACACACACCGGGGACGUUGUGCUACACAGUUGAUCGUCCAGCCAAAACUGCUUGAAGAAUGGCUUACAGAAGAGUUGUAAACCUGAUUCCAACAAGGAGGCAGUGUGUCUCGCGUCUGCUGACUCCUUGUUUUCACAAGCUGCCACAUUACGUCUUUCCACAAAGCAGCCAAGCCGGUCUGCCUGUUGCAGUUCCUCAGAAUGCUCCUAAUCAGUGCCGAAGUACCACCAGAACUCUGCAUACUGGCAUGCCAUUGAUGGUGGCCAAGUUACUGUCGGUGGAGGAGCUGUUUUCCAUCAGGUCUUUGCAGGACUAUCUGAUGAAGAUGGAGAGGGAGUACAGUGACUGCUUGAAAGUAGUUAACAGCAGCGGGACAGAGGAGCAGCAGGAGGACGAGGAGGGUCUGAGGGCAAAGAGGACUCAAGUGUCCCUGCUGGCUCCGCUUGUCCACAGCAUCAGAGAGCUGGACACCAAGCAGAGGGAGAUCGCCGAGACUGAAUCACUGCUGAAAGAUGAAGACCCGGACCUGCGAGAACUGGCUGACCUGGAGAGAGAAACCUGUCUGAGAGAUAUUCAGGCUCUCAGACAAAAGAUCCUGGAUCUGUUGAUCCCCGAGGAGGAGGCGGACCUGAGUGACCUUGUCCUGGAGGUCACAGCUGGGGUUGGGGGUCAGGAGGCCAUGCUGUUCACCGCUGAGGUGUUUGACAUGUACCAGGGCUUCGCCCAGCACCACGGCUGGACCUUUGAUAUUCUGGAGUACAUGACCAGUGAGCUAGGCGGCCUGCGUCACGCCUCGGCCAGCGUCAGCGGCCCUCAGAGCUACAAGAGGAUGAAGUUUGAGGCCGGAGUCCAUCGUGUCCAGAGAGUCCCAAAGACUGAGAAACAGGGUCGCAUGCACACCAGCACCAUGACUGUGGCUGUGCUGCCCCAACCCACUGAGAUCUCUUUCACAAUCAACCCUAAGGACCUGAGGAUCGAGACUAAGAGGGCAAGUGGAGCUGGAGGCCAACAUGUCAACACCACAGACAGCGCAGUGAGGAUAGUCCAUCUGCCUACAGGGGUGGUUUCAGAGUGCCAGCAGGAACGAUCCCAGCUGAAGAACAGGGAAAAGGCCAUGAAGGUCUUGAGGGCAAAACUGUAUAGCAUGAGGCUGGAGGAGGAGACCAGCAAACGCUACAACCAACGCAAAAUACAGAUUGGCACCAAAGGCAGAUCGGAAAAGAUCCGGACAUACAACUUCCCCCAGGACCGGAUAACGGACCAUCGGAUCAGCAUGACAGUGCAUGACGUUAGGGGCUUCCUGCUGGGAGAGGAUUUGCUGGAGGAGAUGAACUCCUCGCUGCAGGAAUUCUCCAACCAGGAGACGCUCAUGGAACUUCUGGGAGAAAGCGAUAUCCAGGGAUCCUGAGACUGACUAUUUGGGAGAACUGAGCCAGACUGAAUGCAAAGGAAAGUUCCUUCUGUGUUAUGGUAAAUAUUGUGAAGGUAUUUCAUGCUUGACUUGGAAUAUUGUCCAUUCCAGUCUAGUGUCCAAUUCUGCAGAACAUUGGAGAAGAACCACAAGGGACUGUGGAGAUGAUUCCUUAAUGCUUCCAGGCAUCCAGACUUAAAGAAUGUUGAGUUGUAAUAUGAAUAAGUUAGUUCUUCUAUUAUAGACCUAAUUUAUACUAGAAGUUCCCUGAAUAUUGAGUGGUGCAUACUAAAAUAAUUUUCACUGAAGAAUUGCCGUGAGUUGUAGUGUCCCGUGAUGCUGUUUCAGGGGCUUGUCCACCCUCACAAGAAUAAAACUAUGA